CUCGUAUAAUAGAAGAGAUAUUUUAUAUGGAUAUAUAUCAUUUGCGAACAAAAUACAUAAGAUCAUAAGGACAGGAAUACUCGUAAUGGCAUGCGCAAGGACUUUGUUAAUCUCAGCUUUUAUUAGUUGUGUUUUCCCAAACGCAUUCGUCACUGGAUACAUGUUGUCAGAUGUCAAACGUUUAAUCAAGGAUAAAACAUUGGACUACAAUAAAAUGCUUCGACCCAUCCUAAAUCAAUCAGCAACAAUUGAGGUAUAUACUGGGCUUGAUUUGGUUUCAAUUCAGGAAUUCAAUGAAGUGGAAGAAAGGAUAUCGUACAACGGUAUUUUGUAUUUGGCCUGGACGGAUGAGCUUAUGACGUGGAAUACUUCUGAAUACGGCGAUCUGAAUGAUUUCUUCAUUGAGGUAAAUGAGAUCUGGGUUCCUCACAUGAAGAAUACAAACGCUGUGAAAAAAAUGGAUAAACUUUCACAGGACUGGCAUUCAGUGAAGGUUCAAAGUAAUGGAUUCAUGUUUUACACGAUUGGUGAUAUUUUUACGUCGUCUUGUGCGUUUAACGUCAAAUAUUAUCCUUGGGAUCAACAAAUAUGUAUUUUUUAUUUCAUGCCAUCAAGCUAUGAGCCAAGCAAAAUUAAGCUCACUCCCUAUUAUAAGCAGGUAUUACAAACGUUCUAUUUUCCAAGUGGGUCAUGGGACCUUGUAGAAACAAAGGCGGAGUCAGAGUUAGAUGGAUAUAUAGUCAGAUUUGACAUCACCAUCCGACGAAAACCGAAGUUCGUCAUUGUCAAUGUUGUGCUUCCGCUGAUGUUUCUGUCAGUCUUAAACAUCUGUGUAUUUCUCAUACCAACGGAGAGUGGAGAACGAAUAUCGUACUGCUUGACCGUAUUAUUAGCGAUCGCCGUGUUUCUGACACUGGUCGGAGAUUCAUUGCCGAAAAACGCCGAGCCAAUGUCAUACUACAGUUUCUACCUACUAUCUGUUCUAGUUAUCAGUGCUACAGUAACAGUUUUUACGAUACUAAACCUGCGCAUGUAUUACGCAGAUCAGAAAAAUGAAGUGGGCACUUUCUGGAGGAAAUUUGCAAAUAUAAUGGAAUGUAAAUGCCGACUGAUAAAGAAACAUGCCAAUAGUAACAAAAACGUACAUCGACCGCACAACGGGGACAUCAUUGGAGGUGGUAAACCAGUAAGGAAAGAAGUCGACGGGAAUGCUAAAGUCCACAAUAGGAGUUACACCUGUGACUCCGGCAAUCGUCCAUAUAUUGUUCACAAUGCAGGUUAUGUAUUAUUCAAACCUGAACACAAUACGGACUAUGCUGAACAAUUCAGGACACGUCAUGAGGAACAUCUAGAUGAUUCAGAGAUGGCACCAGAAAGAACAUGGAAGGAUAUCAGUGUAGCAUUGGACACCGUGCUGGUUUUGCUUUUUCUUGUUGUAUUUAUUGUAGAUACAGUCACAUUCCUGGCAAUUAUAUACAUUGGGGAAAACAAGUGA